AUGAAGGAUCUGGGAGAACUGAAGUUUUUCCUUGGUAUUGGGUUUUUGAGAUCUAAGGAAGGAAUUUUGAUGAAUCAAAGGAAGUAUGCACUUGAGCUAGUGUCUGAAAUAGGAUUAGCAGGUAGUAGAACAACAGUUACUCCUCUAGAUUUCAAUCACAAGCUCUCCUCUGUAGAACUAGACAGGCCUGAUAUUUCCUUUGUAGUUCAGGUACUUAGUCAAUACAUGCAUGCUCCUAAGCAGUCUCACAUGGAUGCAACUAUAAGAGUAGUUAGAUACAUUAAGGGCACUGCAGGUCUUGGGUUGUUUAUGCUAGCAGAUGAAAGCACAGAAUUGUCAGCAUUUUGUGACUUAGAUUGGGGAGCAUGUGUAGAAACCAGGAAGUCAGUAACAGGCUACAUAGUGAAGUUUGGGCAAGCUUUGGUGUCUUGGAUAUCAAAGAAACAAAGUAAUAUUUCCAGAAGUUCUGCUAAAGUAGAAUUCAGGAGCAUGUAG